AAUCAGCUACAAGAACAAAUGAUAAUAGAGUUGAAAUUCAGAAUAUAUGCAAUGCAUUGCAUAAGAAAAAUGAGACAUUGUAUAAGAAAAAUAGUGUAUCACAUAAGGAAAAUAAGGCUCUUGUUGAAUGA